GGAGUAUCGGCGCUUGUCCCGGCUAACUUUUGACGCAUUUGGCAACUUUACUGCAUCGGAGUGCGAAAAGAGCGACUGGGAGUGAUCCACUGGAGGGCUUUUGAGUGCGGACGGCGCUGAUCACCUGGAUUGUCCGUAUAAGAUGGCCUCUCUUCUGGGAACGCCAUCGACCUCCCGAGCCCAGUCUCCAUCGCGCACGACGCCAUCUGCACUCAGGACUCGAACCACCAGCCUUCGUCCUGCUCACUCUCAUGCAUCUAUGCGCUCUAUGAUUCCUAUACAUCCUUCUAAUUCCCCCUUACCUCCCCAACUCUCGAGUUCGAUGAACAUCCCGUUUGAGCCAUCGUCGUCUGGAAGCUCUUCUGUGAAUGACUCGCUUUCCACCACACCCGACACUGGGGGGAUGGUAGUUCCCACUGCAGAAGUUGAAGAAGUCGAUGUGGAUGGAGUGGUAGACAGUGUGCGUACUGAAGCUAAAGCCGCAUUACGCCAACAUCUCCGAGAAACUUUAACGGUGUUAGAGAAAGAAACCCCAACGGCGCCUGGACCAACCCCACAACAAGCUCACAUUAAUGAAUUUAGACGGGACGCGUCGGAUGAAUUUCCCCUCCGGCAAUACUUUGUCCUUACGAACGCUGGAAAGCCUGUAUUUACAAGUCGUACAACUAUAGGGGACAACGAUUUAACAAGCGCAAUGGGCCUCAUCCAGGCCCUCAUCUCCGUCUUCGCCGAUGACGGCGACAAGCUUCGGAGCAUCAACGCCGGAAGGACAAGGAUAGUGUUUUUCCUGCGCUCUCCUUUAUACUUUGUCUGCGUGUCAUCGUGGCAGGAACCUGAAUCAGUUAUCCGUCUUCACCUAGACUACCUUCAUCAGCAGAUUCUUAGUGUUGUCUCUGGGGCAAGACUGAAACGCAUAUUUGAACGACGGACGAACUUUGACCUUGGUCGUUUGCUAGAUGGCGCAGACGUUUUUAUGAACUCUUUGAUUGCAAGGUUAGAACAGGAUCUAGGCCUCACCACCGGAUCUUUGAGUGCAGUGAGGGUUGAGCAGUCCAUACGCGCCAAAGCCGGGGACCUACUCGUUCCCCCAAAAGGCAUGAAACAAGAUAUCCUCUAUGCCAUUCUACUUUCCAAAUCUCUCUCGCGUGUAAUAACUCUCACCCGGCCAAAAAAGCAAUCCAUCCACCCGUCAGAUCUCCACAUCCUUCUCAAUACCCUCUCUUCACCAUCUUUAGCAUCAGCUUCUUCAAUAUCUUCAUCAUCCUGGCUCCCCAUUUGCUUACCGCGGUACAACCCCGAAGGGUUUUUUCACGUUUAUUUGUCGUUCCUCGGUCAUGAUGGAUCUGUUACACCUAGACAUUCGGAGGGUGAUUCAAAUUUGUCGAACGGAGCUUCGGGGCCCUCUACGACACCAGAAACUGGGAAUAAUGGUGAAGUUGAUAAUGAUCUUGGAUUGGUUAUCGUCACUCCAAGGAGAGACGACUUCGAGCGUGUCAGAUCAUGGGCAGAUUCCAUAGAAGAUUCACUACGGUCCUCGGGAACGCUCAACUCCCUCAUAUGGGCUAGUAGACAACAUCAUUACUCUUCAGCAGACCUGGGCAUCCCAAACCUUCAACAUUUCCUCUAUAAAUCAAGGCCCCAUGUCCAAUUAACCAUGCCAGCAUGGAGGGCUCCCUACGAUCAGCCAGACGACCGUAAACGACUUAUUACGCUCUACCAAAAGGUUCACGACGCCCUGUGGGCCCGCUCAGGCCAAGCCCAUGGUCUGCUCAAACUCCAACUUCUCAGAACGAACAAAGAAGUCGUGAUGGGAUGGGUGACUCAACAGUUCGAGGUGAUCGUUACUCUUGUACCGGCUGAUGUACCCAAGGCAUUGGUUGUGAGUGCUGCGAAUGGCGUAACGAGGUGGGUCAAAAAGGAGGAAGGGAAGUUGUUUAUUAGGGAUGCACCUGUUUUUUAGGCUGCAGGAAUGUGUCACUCCGCUCACUAUAUGAAUGGUGGUUCACUCAUCAUAGUAGAACUCAUUUAUAUAGUGCUUACUCAUGCUCACAGUAUCUAUUGCCACAAACCGCCAAAACAGCCCACCAGUUUUCUUAAUUAGAUCCCCUUGAGUUCCGGCGAACUGGG